UCGUACCCGUGCGGGACGGCAGUUUCCCUUGGACCGUUGAAGCCGUCGCAGGUGUACGGGUUUCGCGGCGCGAACUCCCGAGUGGAGAAGUGUUGGUGCUAGAGUGAACAAUUUUCUAGGGAAAAAUUUUAAAACUGUGAAGGAUUCCCACCACGGACGGGAACCAACCAAUCGGGAAGGGAAAGUGUUUCGCCGAGUGUGAAACGAGGGUGAUAGAUCUAGGUUAAAAAGUGAUAGCCCUGCUGGUUGAAAAUCGAUGCAGUGAUAAAGUGUUUCAGUAGAGUGGGAAUGGAUCCAUUCCUGUUGCAGAUUGGUCAAUCGGAGCUAAUUACCGCCAGUUCGGAACUGUGGAAUCAGGACUGGCACCGGUUUCGGCAGGACUUUUCACCGAGUUACGGCUAUUCGCAGUGGGCCCGAUACUGGUAGAUGGGGUUUUCGCACGACCCUUCGGACCAUCCGCUGCUGUGGUGCCAGCAGCUGAAGCGAGCCCAGGAAAAACGGAUUGCGGAUGCCAGUUUGCGCGACUGGCAACACCGGAAGCAGAUCGAACGACAAGCACGUGCCAAAGAGCAAGCACACUUUCCGCUUUUCCAGUACCGAGAAGUGAUGGACCGCUAUUCGCCGUGGGGCCGCAAAGGGGGCGGUGCCCCCAACGACACGAUCCGCAUCCGCAACAUCCAGCUGCAGGGCAUCUACCCGGAAAGCAAAAACCUUCCCACCGUUGUUCCUGUUCCCACUGCUGCCACCACCACCCGCCCCGUUCGUCGACAGGACUUCCGCCAGCCGACGAUGUCGAGGGCCACGGCAGCCACCAAGGGCGUCAGUGCCGGCGGAGGGGGAGCCCCGCUGAGGAACGCUUCCGGCCAGAUUGUGACGGGACUGACGGACGAUCCAAUCAUCAGCUUCAACGAUGCCAACCGGUACCACGUGGACAACGAGCUGCGGUACAAGACGUCGCCGGCGCAAAAGCAAUCCUACAAGGCCGAACUGGAUCGGAUAGUGGCCGAAAAGGAGAACCGACUGCGGAAGAGCAGGAGUUCCGAAGCGGAUGCGAAGAAUGGAGGCCCAUGGGGUAAACCAGGACCAGGAGGGAAGCCUUGGCGACCACCAAAGAACGUUGGCCACAAUUUCAUGAAGUCAAUGGGUUGGACGACCAAGGAAACUCUCCAGGAUUUAGACAUUGACAUUGUGACCAAGAUGCAGCGCCAGCUUGAAGAGGAGAACAAAUAUUUGAAAAAGUUUUCAAACUGCUGCUCCCGGUGCGUGUGUCAAUGCGUGAGCAAUAGUCUCGAGCCGAUCUCCACGGGAAGCGCCCAAGCGUCUCGCCCCAUCGUAAGCCCUCCGAAAGCCCUUCUUGCACCGCCAGCAACGGCUCCCAGCCAAGCGCUCCGAGACGAGCCAAAUCCCAGCACCGACAAGAUCACCGAUCGCCGUGUUCCUCGACUAUGUCAGCAGUCGCAACAAAGCACGCCGGGGCGGGCCCCGGUCGUCAAACGUGCCACCAGAAUCGCUCCCACUCGGAACUGCAUGAUCACGGGUGGGGUCGAGUUGGUACCCCUGCUGGCCAAGCGUCGAUCGCAACCAAGACCCAUCAGCCUCGGGACAACCGACGUUACCAAAAUCGAUAAGUACAGCUCCAAUGGCGUAGCUGCACGGCACUCGGGCGAUGAAUACCUCCACGAACUAUGCACCCAAAUGAACCAGAAGCAGCGCCGGAUGGAAACCACCCGAGUGGUGGAGUUCGAAACCAGCAAACAGCACUUCGACACCUGGUCCUCCUUCUGGGGCCGGCCGGGUCACGGAGCACCGCUUCCCAACAAAAAUAAGCUUAAUCUGGACAAUCUGCUUUACUCGUCGCCGCGGUAAAGCAGCAUUCGUACCGGCCCACUCCUCGCUUAUGUAAGUAAUCCGUUGUUAAGCUUGCAAGAGGGAGUUACACGCAAGCCUAGAAUCGGGCUUCCUUCGCUUGACGCCGGGGCAAGCGAUCGCAAAGUUCGAUCCAAUAGUGUUAGGAUUGAGACAUAUCAAGGCAGAGUUAGAGCUAGUAAGUCGUUGAUCUCGUUAGUUGUUAGUGUGGGAAACAUGCUGGAAAAGUCCAAUGUGUAUCUGCUUCGAAGAGCUUGUUGCAAAAUUAUUACAAAACAGUUAGACGUUCAUCAGAAAUUAUAAAUUAUAAAACUAUGUUAAGUUGGCAUCUUUAGAACUGUAGUUCAACCAGAUAUCCAUCAAUAUUAUACUAUCGACAAAAUUAGACGCUUCCUUCGAUUAAAACCCAUAAACCAUUAGUUACCUAAGAAAAGUUUAUUAGAACUCAAUUGACAUGAACACAUGGAACAGCGCUUAGCGAAAAAUAUUGUUGACAAAAUAAUAUGUAAUGUUAAAUUAUGGAAUCUAUAGUGAAUACCAAAUAAGCUUUACGAAUUAUAACGUUAAGGAAAAAAAAGUAUAAUAUCAAAUCUAAUAAGAUAAUAUUAAAC